CAGGACGGGAGAAGACCGGAGUAUACGACGUGCUCCGCGCUAUGGGCUCCCGCCGGGAAAAUGUGGCUAUGAACGGUAUGGGGGACAGCUCCCCUCUCCGUGAUGACGAGGUUAUGUAUGAAAGGGGACGAAACCUGAAUAUGAAUCAUUAUGCCAAUAAGAAGAGUGCUGCAGAAAGCAUGCUGGAUAUCGCUCUGCUGAUGGCCAAUGCAUCACAGCUGAAAGCUGUCAUCGAAGAAGGACCCUCAUUCUCGUACUAUGUACCCCUUAUUGUUCUACUCUCCAUAUCUUUCAUCUUCCAGGUUGUGGUGGGAAUUCUGCUCAUCUUCAUCGUAAAAUACGAUCUUAAUAAUCCUGCCAGACACGUCCUGCUGGAUAAGCUGGAAAAUGCAGCUACUGGACUUGUGUUCAUCAUCGUUAUUGUCAACAUUUUAAUCACAGCAUUCGGUGUACAGAACUCAGCAGCUCCGUCUAAAGUAUAGAGUACGAUGUGAUGAGAGCCAAAGACACAAGAUUAUCAGACCAUAGGGGCGGUCCUCCGAGUGAGGCCACAACACGAUUGGUAUGGAAUUAUAUAUUCUAUGGAGCAUUCAGCCAAAUAUUCUGCUCACCUGAUUUU